AUGCUCCCAAGGCGCGGCCAGAACCGCUGGCUCGUCGUCUGCGCCGGCUUCCUCUCCGUCCUGCUGCUCGUCGUCUACUAUGGCGACAACGGCGGCGCCUCGCUCCGGCGCAUGACGUCGACGUCGUGGGCCGGCACCGACACGACAGCCACGGCCCUCUCGAGACUGCAGCCGCCGCACACGGGCGCCGCCGAGCUCGAAAUCGUCAUUGCCGCCACCAAGCAGGAAAACGUCACCUGGCUCGCCGACUACCUGCUCGACUGGCCCAAGAAUAUAUACGUCGUCGACGACACCCGUGCCGCGUUGACGGUCCCGCAGAACAAGGGCCGCGAGGCCAUGGUUGUGCUCACGUACAUCAUCGAUCGGUACGACACCCUCCCCGCCAACGUGCUCUUCCACCACGCCCAUCGCUUCCAGUGGCACAACGACGAUCCCGACUACGACGCCCUGCAGCUGCUGAAGCGCUUCCGCGUCGCCCACCUGCAGGAGCACGGCUACGUCAACCUGCGCUGCGCCUGGAUCCUCGGCUGUCCCGUCGAGAUCCGGCCCAUCGUCGACGCCGACAGCGCCCCGGAGAACGACAUCCCUACCGCCAAGCACAUUUACAGCCGCGCCUUUGCCGACCUGUUCCCCGGCGUUGACGUGCCCCCCGAGGUCGGCGUGCCCUGCUGCUCCCAGUUUGGCGUCACCCGCGACGCCAUUCGCGCCCGGCCCCGCGAGGACUAUGUCCGCUUCCGCGAGUGGCUCAUGGCCACCGAGUUGGACGAUGCCAUUAGCGGCCGCGUGUUUGAAUAUGGGUGGCACAUCAUCUUCAACAAGAAGGCUGUCCACUGCCCGCACGCCGGCGACUGCUACUGCAAGCAGUACGGCAUGUGCGACAGGCUCGACUGCGACGAGGAGGGCUGUGCCGGGCAGUACAACCUCCCACAGUAUUCCAAUCUCCCCAAGGGCUGGCCCAUGUUUGGGUGGGAUGGCGAGGACAGGCAUUGGAGCGGCGAGCUGUGA